UCAGACUCACCUCUCGUUCUCCCACUAUCCUUCCUGUUUAUUCCCAAUUAUCCAUUUCUAAUCCUCCUAAAGGUCCAUUGACCUUGACUGCUUUGAAUUCUCGGACCCAUCCCUACCCGCAUUUCUCCACACCGUCUGCGAAUCAGGCGUCUGCCAUUUUCCUCCCCGCCUUCGAUCAUCCCUCCCUUCAAGACGGCCUUACAGAAGUGACAAGAGAACGAGCGGAUACCUACUCCCACACGAACCCUGUCAACAUGAGUAAUACCGACUUUCUCGGGCGGGCGAUUGAUACGGUCAAGAAGGCGAUCGAGCAGGACAAUGGGGGCGAAUACGAGAAGGCCUACCAGACGUACUACAGCGCGCUCGAGCUAUUCCUCCUCGCCUUGAAAUGGGAAAAGAACGCCCGGUCCAAGGAGAUGAUUCGCGCAAAGGCCGGCGAGUAUAUGGCUCGUGCGGAGAAGCUGAAGAGCCAUUUGGAUUCGCAGGAUCGCAAGAAACCCAGCGCGGUAGGCGCCAAUGGUAGUGUGGCGCAGGGGAGCGGAAAGGGAGGGAAGGAAGAGGACGCCGAAGAUGCGGAUUCAAAAAAGCUUCGAUCGGCCCUGGCAGGUGCGAUCUUGACGGACAAGCCGAAUGUACAGUGGGAAGACGUGGCCGGGUUGGAAGGUGCGAAGGAGGCCUUGAAGGAGGCGGUUAUCUUGCCUAUCAAAUUUCCGAAUCUCUUUACAGGGAAGCGACAACCCUGGAAGGGUAUCUUGCUCUAUGGGCCUCCCGGUACGGGAAAGUCUUAUUUGGCCAAGGCAGUCGCAACCGAAGCCAACAGCACCUUCUUCAGUGUCAGCAGCAGUGACUUGGUGUCGAAGUGGAUGGGAGAGAGUGAAAGACUUGUCAAGCAACUUUUCAACAUGGCCCGCGAGAGCAAGCCGGCUAUUAUCUUCAUCGAUGAAGUCGAUGCGCUGUGUGGGCCGCGUGGCGAAGGAGAGUCAGAGGCGUCGCGUCGCAUUAAGACAGAACUGCUCGUGCAGAUGGAUGGUGUAGGGAAGGACUCCAAGGGUGUCUUGAUUCUGGGCGCAACCAAUAUUCCGUGGCAACUUGAUGCUGCCAUUCGGCGUCGUUUCCAGCGGAGAGUGCACAUCAGCUUGCCGGAUAUCAAUGCCCGGAUGAAGAUGUUCAUGCUGGCUGUGGGCUCAACCCCGUGCGAAAUGACCCAGGCCGACUACCGCCGGUUAGCGGAGAUGAGCGAAGGCUACUCGGGUAGCGAUAUCAGUAUCGCAGUCCAAGACGCCCUGAUGCAGCCAAUUCGGAAAAUCCAAUCAGCUACGCACUACAAGAAGGUACUGGUAGACAACGUGGAGAAACUAACGCCAUGCUCCCCUGGCGACGAGGGCGCCAUGGAGAUGAACUGGACCACUGUAGACGGCGACAAACUCCUGGAACCCCCCCUCGUCCUGAAGGAUUUCAUCAAGGCUGUCCGCAACUCGCGACCCACCGUCAGUGGCGACGACCUGAAGAGGAACGAGGAAUGGACCGAAGAAUUCGGCAGCGAAGGCGCAUAAGUCACCUGCCCAUCUCUCCUGCGAUAUUUGCUUUCCAAAAAGAUGGCCAAUCCGCAUUACAUCAUACCCGUUGGGCUUGGUUACCGUCUGACGAUUUAUGUCCCUUUUUUUCUUUCUUUCUCUUUUUCUCCCCUUGCUAUUGUGGUUUGCCUCUUCCUUUUCUUUUCUCCCCUUCUUUGUGUGCUGGACUGGACAAAGGAUAUGACGCGUGCAUGUAUGGAAUGUAUGGAUAUAUAGGAGUCACUGGUGGCGUAUUAUUAUAUCUAUAAAAACAUUCAAAGAAGCUUUC